AUGCUCAGCGUCAAGAAGAAAUGGCUGGCCUGGGUCCCCGCGGAGGCGCCCGCACUUCUCUUGGAAAUAAAAUGCAGCCGCCGCCCCCCACCCCCAGGCUCCACCCCCGCCGCCGACCAAUGGGGCGCACGCCCCCGCCCCGGGCCCCGCCCCUUCCGCCUGGCUGGGCGUGAGCGCGCGGUUGACGGACAGGAGCUGGGCGGGCAGGCGGGCGGGCGCGCGCGCGCGCGCGCACGAGAGACAGAGGGACUGACGGGCGCCUGGAGGGCGCGCGGGCGCGAAGCCGAGGGGCGCGUAGCGGGCGGCGAGGGCGGCCGGCCCGGCACGCGAGCCUGUGAGAGGGUUCGGCCGAGUCCUCUUUGUGAACCCGCCUCCGGGCGGCGCGGCCCGUCGAAGGCGGCCUUCCGUGGCGCGAGAGAACCUUCCAGAGCCUCCCAGAACCUUCACGUUCCUGAGGCGCCACGUGCUGCCGCGGUUCCCACGGCGCAGCCUCCGGGAGCGGCCCGGGAAGCAGAUACGGACGUGCGUUCUCGUUUAGAGCGGCCCCUCGGGAUCCCUCCACGUGAAAGUGCCAUCCCGAAGGCCACGUGCAGAAUCCCAGGAGCUGUGGAAACAGCAGCAAGGCAAACCCUGGGUGACAUGAUGCUCUGUGCUGUCCCGACACCAAGGCCGCAUGACAGCGGCGACACCGGGCCUCUGGAACUUUCGGGGAACGACCCGAGUCUGCCCGCAAGCUGCAGAGAGGCCACAGAACAUUUGGAAACAUACCUGGCUCCCUAGGGAUCCGGGCCCGCAUGCCUGGCCUCUUCCUGCUCUGCCUGGGGACCCUCCCUGCCCCAAAAAAGAUUCGUCCAUGUUAUAAACCCUGGAAACUGAUUUUGAGCUUACUUCUUUUUAAAAAAAAUUUUUUUUAAUGUUUAUUUAUUUUUGAGAGAGAGAACAUAAGCAGGGAGGGAGACACAGAAUCUGAGGCAGACUCCAGGCUCCGGGCUAUCAGUGCAGAGCCCGACGUGGGGCUCGAACUCACGAACCAGGAGACCAUGACCUGAGCCCAAGUCAGACUUGAGCUUACUUAUAAAAAAAGGUUUUUUGCAGAUGUCAUUAAGGAUCUCAAGAAGAGAUCAUCCUGAUCAGGGUAGGUCUCAAACCCAGUGACAAGUGUUUUUCUAAGAGGCAGGAGAAGGGCACUUGACGACGGAGGCAGAGAUUGGAGGGACAGGCCUCCAGCCAAGGAACAAUGGGACCCCAGGAGCUGGAAGAGGCAGGAAGAGCCUUCCCCUGGAGCCUCGGAGGAGGCGUGGCCCACCGACGUGAUUCCCGGGAACCAAGCACAAGGCCCAGCACACGGGAGGAGCUCGUGAAGCCUCUGAAAACCCACUGCGGGUCUGCCUUAAUCUGCUUGCUGACCCACCGGCCACGGCCACGGCCACGGCCACGGCCAGCCUGACUGGAAGGCCCCCAGGGCAGCCUGGGGCAAUGGGUGACCCAGACACCUGUGGCCACAAACACCAUCUGGGGCCCUCCGCCUUCCCUGGGACUCCCAGUUCACCCAGAUGGCGAGUCCCUGGGAACCCUGUCCCAACACAAGUUUUCAAAAAAAUUACCUUUUUAUAACCACACACGGGCACGUCCCUCGGCCGCGAGCAGGAGUGAGGCGUCCAACACCCGCCGCCCCGCGGACGGACCCCAAACACACGACGCUCAGGGAGGGAACGCGACACGAGAGGCCACACGGGGUGUGAGUCCGCGUGUGUGAAACGUCCAGAACAGGCCCAUCCACGGACAGGAAGGGGCUCGUGGGGGCCAGAGACUGGAGAAGGUGGGGGGUGCGGAGUGACUGGUGAUGGGGACGGAGUUUCCUUUGGGGGUGAUGGAAUGUUCCAGAAUUGGAUAGAGGUGAUGGUUGCACAGCUCGGUGAAUGUACUAAUUGCCACUGAAUUGUACAUAUAAAAAUGGUUAGUUGUA